CCGUGGGGGGGGACCCCGCCCGGGCACGGGGAGGGCGGGCGUGAGGCGGGCGGGCGAAGUUUCUCAGGCGGGGAGGGAAGGACGCGGCCCCGCGGCGGCAGCCCGGCUUUGGCCAUGAAGAGGAAGCAGAAGAGGUUUCUGCAAAUGACGCUGCUCUUCACCGCGGCUCUGAUUUUUUUGCCCGACAUCGGCCUCUGGUCUCUCUACAGGGAGAAGCACCUGGUGAAGCCGGCCGAGCCCGCUGAGCCUCAGACAAUUCCUCUGGGGCUGGGAGAUGGACAGUUGUUCACCUGGACUGAUGGACUGAAAAGGAAGGAUUGGCACGAUUAUGAAAGUAUUCAGAAAGAUGCUAUGCGUUCAGGGAAAGGUGAACAUGGAAAGCCGUACCCUCUGACAGAGGAAGACCAUGAUGAUUCAGCUUAUAGAGAAAAUGGCUUCAACAUAUUUGUUAGCAACAAUAUAGCACUGGAGCGAUCUCUGCCAGACAUCCGACAUCCUAACUGUAAGCACAAGGUGUACUUGGAAAAGCUACCAAAUACCAGCAUAAUUAUCCCUUUUCAUAAUGAAGGUUGGACUUCCCUCUUGAGAACCAUACACAGUAUUAUUAACCGCACUCCAGACAGCCUGAUUGCAGAAAUCAUUCUUGUGGAUGACUUCAGUGACAGAGAACAUUUAAAAGAGAAGCUGGAGGAAUACAUGGUCCGUUUUGCCAAAGUGAGGAUUGUACGUACCAAGAAACGAGAAGGGCUCAUUCGGACCAGACUGCUAGGAGCCUCGCUGGCUAGAGGAGAAGUCUUGACAUUUCUGGAUUCCCAUUGCGAAGUCAACGUGAAUUGGCUGCCUCCCCUGCUUAACCAGAUUGCACUAAACCACAAAACCAUCGUGUGUCCUAUGAUCGAUGUCAUUGACCACAAUCAUUUUGGCUACGAGGCACAGGCAGGGGAUGCCAUGCGAGGAGCUUUUGACUGGGAAAUGUACUACAAAAGAAUCCCGAUUCCUCCUGAGCUCCAGAGAGCUGAUCCCAGCGACCCCUUUGAGUCUCCUGUGAUGGCUGGAGGUCUAUUUGCUGUUAACCGGAAGUGGUUUUGGGAACUGGGAGGCUACGAUCCAGGAUUAGAAAUAUGGGGAGGAGAGCAAUACGAAAUCUCCUUUAAAGUCUGGAUGUGUGGAGGUGGCAUGUUCGAUGUUCCAUGCUCUAGAGUUGGGCAUAUCUACAGGAAGUAUGUCCCUUAUAAAGUUCCUUCUGGAACCAGUCUAGCACGCAACCUGAAGCGUGUGGCAGAGACGUGGAUGGAUGAGUUCGCAGAGUACAUUUACCAGCGACGGCCUGAAUACAGACAUCUCUCAACUGGUGAUAUCUCUGCCCAGAAGGAACUUCGCAAGCACCUGAAAUGUAAAGAUUUCAAGUGGUUCAUGGCUGCAGUGGCUUGGGAUGUUCCCAAAUAUUACCCGCCUGUGGAGCCUCCACCUGCUGCCUGGGGAGAGAUUCGAAAUGUGGCAGCCAAUCUCUGUGUGGACAGCAAACAUGGAGCCACGGGGACUGAACUGAGGCUAGACAUUUGUGUGAAGGAUGGCUCAGAACGGACGUGGUCACAUGAACAGCUGUUCACCUUUGGCUGGAGAGAAGACAUCCGUCCUGGGGAGCCACUUCACACCAGGAAGUUCUGCUUCGAUGCCAUCUCGCACAGUAGUCCUGUCACACUGUAUGACUGUCACGGGAUGAAGGGGAACCAGCACUGGAGCUAUAGGAAGGACAAAACUUUGUUCCAUCCGGUAAGCAGCAGCUGCAUAGAUUGCAACCCAUCUGAAAAGAAGAUUUUCAUGAACAGAUGUGAUCCUUUAUCUGAAACUCAGCAGUGGGUUUUUGAACAUAUUAAUAUGACUGUUUUAGAAAAGUUUAACAGCAAGGCCAGUUCCUAGGGAAAAAUAAAACAUGAACACACCCAGUUACACACAGCCUGCAGACUACGUUUUCGCCAGCAUCUGGGUCGAAGGAGUCAGGAAUUAAAUUUCCUAGAUCCAGGAAGUCUGCUCUAAGGAUUAAGAAAAUGCCCCAGCAAGAGCCAGCAGGCUGUCCUUGAGGAUGUACAGUAUCUGAAGAACUUGGCUAGGAGCCUCACCGGAUGCUGCUGAGAACUUCAGGCUGAAAGUUCCCUUGCUGGCCAAGGGAAAAUUUUGUUUUAAAACUGUUUAAAAAUACUCUGAGUUAAUAAAGUAAAACAAAACUCUAGAGUUUCUCAGGUCUAAUCCUGCUGUAGUGAGUAGUUCAGAACUGGUGCUGUGAUUUGGGACGGGUAUAUGAUGUGCAUGACGGCUACAGGAACCUGAAGAAAUCCCAGGUUUUAGAACGAAACAUGCUGGUGGAAGAAUAAUGAUGUCCCAGCACUCCCUAGACAAGAUAUAUGCUCUGUUGAUAUUCUCAUAAUAAAAGGUCGGGUUAAGCAGGUUUAACCCUCAGAACUGCUGCAAUUAAUUUUAAAUACCUCCCUUUUACAUUCCAUUCAUUACCAAAAUAGGAAUGGUAGAAAUCUUAGGGUCUAGAAUUACACUGUAGUGAAGCAUGAAAUAAACUGUAAGGUUUUGCCCUCACGUUUCUCCCUUCAGUUGGGAAAGAAAACAAACAAACAAACAGAAAACAAACAUAAAGCAGUCAAAUUUCUAUAUGUGGUAUAUUUAGCAGUUGUGAUUCAAAUCCCAUUGUCACACAAGGUGAGAUUUUUUUCAGUGACAAGUAUAACAGCAGCUGCAAUUUAAUAGAAGGCAUGUGGACUAGCUAUCUUUCCUAAGGUAGAAUCCUUACCAAAGUAUACAUUAAGUUAAAAAUAGGUUGAAAAAAUUAUCAUGAGAGCAGGAAAUAAUUGCAUACUGCAUGCUAAACUAGGUUAGUCAAAUUAACACUGGUACGCUGCCAUCACCUAAAAAAGCACUGAUUCUCUGUAAUGCAGCUCAAAAGAUCUUGCAGAAAUCAUGUGGUGUUCUUGUCAGAUACGAGUGGAAAGAAAAUUUGACAUGAAGUGAGUUGGGUGAUUUGGAGUUCCUGAUGAAAUCCGUGAUGGAUAUCACGUGAACCUAAGCUGUCGAGUGAAUGAUACUGCAGAUCUCAUGGUGGAGGAAAGGAGGAAUGCAAACAAGUUAGAUGUGGCAGUCUUUUGGUGCUUUAGGCACAGAUACAAUUCAGAUUCAGACAGACUUCUGUCACACUGAUGGGCAUUAUGGCACAUAGUGUCCUUCAGACCCAUCAAGCUGUUGUCAUGAGAAGCCACUAAAACUUACUUGAAAGGCCUAUGGCUCCUCUCAAAAGGAAUCAAUUCAUGCUAGUCUGUGGAAUGUAACUAACAGGUUUGGGAUUUUUCAAGGUGAGAGCAUUUGUGUAUGUGUAUCAAAUAAGUGUAUGGACUGCUUUUGUUUGAAAGGCACUUGCAGACAAAAGCACCAUUAAUGUAGAUAGAUGAAAUUCCCCAGAGGUGGCUGUAUCAUAAUAUCAUAAGGAAUUAAGUUGCUUAAUCUUACUGCUGGAGAAAUGGCUGACUAGCCAAAAUACUUGUGUGUAGGCUGUCGUGUUUGAGGCAGAAGGGCAAAUGUGUUUUGUUUAUUGCUCCUUACUCUCUAUUUAGGCUCAAAGAGUAUUGAUUGCAUCUGAAGGAUGGUUACUGUACCAAUUAGUGUACGCUAUUUUAUGACAGCACCUUGUAGUUGCAGGUUAAAAAUUGUGUUAAACUAAAAUUGUUGAUUAUGGGAACUUUUUAAGAAGGGAAUGAGAUCGUGAAGCAUUUAGGAUGCAUGCACUUGGCUGCAUCCAUACACUGAGUAAUUGCUGCAAGUUAGCAAAGAGGCCUUUCAAUUAAUCUAAGAAAAAUGACUAUAGGCAUCAUUUUAUGAUUUUAAAGCAAAGGAAUUUGCUUAGGUAUUGUUUAAAUUUAAUUAUGGUGCACUGAAGGAUGGAGGCAGUAAGGGUAAUGUGUGGGGAUAUUUAGGUAGCUGUCAGUAUGCAGAAGCAGUCUGGGCACUGCAGGCUGCCAGCCCUAACAGAUACAGUGCUUGUAGUAUCACCAUUUAUUUGCAGCCUGCACGUUAGAAAUGAGGAUUUGGAUAAAGAAAAAAAUGGGCACCUAAAAUGUAAAUUCCGUCCUCAUGCUGCUGAUUGAAACUGGCCCUAAACUGAUGAAGUCCCACAUGCCCAAAAUAGAGAGGCAAAGGAACCAGCUGAGCAAUUUAUAAUAUGCACAGAUUGGUAGGGUUAUAUCAUUCAGUCUCUGCCUGCAUCUCAGUGGUCUGACUUUGAAAUGACUAAUGGGAACUAGACUGCUGCUGGGGCAGAGAUCUUCUAUGCCUUUUACAACCCUCAUUAAUUAAUAUUGCACAGCAUCCUGCACUGCCAAAGGAAACCUUUCCAUUACUCUGUAAGUCCCUGUCAGAUAACAACCCAUCUGAAUGGUAUGCAGAUGUUUAGGAAAAUGCUGUUCUAUGUCUCAUUUUCAGUUUUUAUAGGCAAAAUAUAAGAAAAGAUAUAGUAGAGUUCUUCGCAUGUCAGUAAUGAGCAGCUUUUGAUUAAUCUGGGAAUACGUUGUUUAUAUGAAGGUGCAGAUCUUGAGAAACAAUAACUUGCCACAAUGUGGCAUACACACAUACACACACACAUACAUCUAUGUAUACAUUACAACUGGAACAAAGCAGAUGGAGGAGAGGUUUGUUCUCACUUCAUGGGCUGAGAUUUCAGGUAUUUAUUAUAACCAGGAGGAAAAAAAAAGAAAAAAAAAGGGGGGGGGUGGGGAACAAAAAAGAUAGCAGUCAAUAGGCUAAUAGAGAAAACAGUCACUUCACUGUUUUCAGCUUAAGCAUUUUUCUUUUUUUAAAAACAGAGCGGAAAAAAAAGCUCUCAUGCAGCCUCUCCACAGGCAGCUGUAAUCCUCCUGCUGAGCAGGAAAGGUGGCCCUAGGGACUGAGUUUCAGAGCUGUACUCCUGUAGCAUUUGGGCUGAUGGAUUCACGAAAUGGUUGUGACUUGCUAAGCACAGGACUCCUUCAGCAGAAAGGGUUAUGAAUAAUAAAUGAUCAUCCUUACCUCUAAAUUAAAUUCUGUCUUGAGUGUUCUCCAAAGCUUUCCUCUGAUAACAGCAUUUCAUGACUAAUUUAGCACUUAGAAUUUCUUUAAGUCUUCCAGCAACCAAAUCUUUUUCUUCUCAGUGGACAUCUGAGCAAGUAAAAAGAUAGGAUGGACAGAUAUAUUUUCCUGACAUAUUUAAUCAGAAGUCUAUAACUUCAGUCUACAUUGCUUCCAAAGACCGUGAAAUUUCUGCACGGAAAGGUGUUUUAAAAAUACUACCUAGUGCACAGGUUGCACUAGCUGAUCAUUUCAGUCACAUUCCAGCUGGUGACUUGCUUCAGUUUUUUAGCUGAUUGUUUUGUGGCCAAGGCGAAUUUAAUCAACACACCCCAAAAGAUCUUUGUAUCCAUACAGUUCAUCAGCACCUACCCUAAACCUUUCCCACUUGAGGCUUUCUGACUCUUUCUGAGGUCAGCAAACCAUGUCUACUGGAAAUGUUAGGAACUGGAAUAAACACCAAGUGCAAUGAAAACCCAUAAAUCAUUUGUGUUUCCUUUCCAAAAUCCAAACUAAGCAGAAGCCCUUGGCAAGGGCUUAAGCAGGAGAGGAGGCAUUGUACAGAGGCAUGACCUUAUUUCAGGAAAAUGACAUCAUACGAGAACAAAUGUUUCUGCAACAUUAUGGAUACUUUAAUGAUAUAAUGCAUACUUCCUGAGUGUUAUCAGUUUAUAAAUAAAUGGACUGUAGCUGCUGAACUAGGUCAUCUUUAUGAUAAAGAUAGGCUAGGCUUGAAAGGAAGUGACAAGCACUUAACAGCCUCUGAUUACUGGCAUUUUACCAGGCAUCAACAUCUCUGUGACCUCAGUGAAAUCAGAUGCCACAGAAGAUCACAGAAGAAAUGUAUAUAAAUCGCUUAACCAAAUGUAUUUGAUGGGUGGCACUCCUUUAGGAGCAUAUGUCAGUCACCUUUGUUUAAAAGGAAAAAAAAGAAUUAAAAUUGUAAUCAGAAUUCACUUACAUUUUUACAGCUAACUUCUCCUGAAAGCUUAGUAAGUGGUAGCCUUCCAAGUCACCCAGACAAAGUGGGGAAGAAGUGCUUUGGUAAGAUAGCCGCUGAGAGGCCACCAUCACGAGUGCAGCCUUCUGCUAAAGAAUAUCAGUUUUUAGUGCUGUUGGUCCAGCAUCUUUUCAGGGAACAUAAGGUGUAGAUCAAAAGAAGAGUAUGAUGACAGAUUUUUAAUUCCUCAAGGUCAUUAGGUAAAACCAUUUCAAAACACUUGAAAACAAAAAGCUAAUUGGAAGUAGCUUUUUUAUAGCUGGUAUUGGGUAUAUGAGAUUAAUGAACUCAUUUGUAUAACUCCAUUCCAAAUCUGUCCCAUAUAUGCUCUUAGAAUGAGCACACAGGUGCUGAGUUUCUUUUACAUCUUGUUCUGAAGGUCUUGCAAUGUAUGGAAGUAAAUUUUGAAGGCCUUUAGAGUACUAUAUCAGGUAUAUGCCAAAGGUAACAACAACAAAAACAAAACAAAUAAACACCAAAAACACCCUGACUUUAGAUUUUGCUAAACCUCUUGUUCUAAAAUAGUAUUCACUGACCAGUGAAAAUUUUAGAUGAAUAAAUAAUAUAGUUUAGUAGCAGUAAUAGUGCUCUCUAGUUAAGGUUUCAGCUCUUAAAAAUAGGUAUCUAUAUGGAAUUUUAGUGAAUACAGAUAGUUGCUGACAGUCAUUUUCUUGUUAUUUUUUUAAAUACAUACAUAAACCUGUCCUGAAGGGUGCUCUUAUCUCAUAUUUUUCUUAUUGUAAUUCUGAAUGCACUGGACUGAGAAUAAUCUAAGCAGACAAAAGACCUUUAAGAACUAUCUAACAAACCUGUGCAGAAACAAACAGACAGUGAGAAAGCUGAGCCAGAAAUGAGCUAAAAAUGCAUCAUGUUCCCAAAGCUUCAGCAGCAUUCAGAAAAUGCAUUCACUUUGUAUGACAGCUCUAUAUCCUUUUAAUGUAUCAGUAAUAUCACUGGUAUUACCCUUACAUCAGGAUUUCUGGAAAUGAUGUGCUGUCAUUUGGCACAGUAGAUGGACAGCACACUGACAGAGAAAAAAAUCGCUUUGUAGGAACAGUUCCUAAAUAAUUUCUUUCAGAAACUGCAGUCUGGGGUGUCUUUGGAGCCUUUGCUACUUAUGAGAUUCUCAUCUGCUUAGGUUUGGUUUUGUUUGAUUGUUUGUUGCUUUUUGUUUGCUUGUUUAUGUUACAGGGCCACACAGUACACUGGCACAGAGACCCAGAGAGGCUGUGGGGUUUCCUCUGGGAGAUCUCCAAGAGCAGCCUGGACAUGGGCCUGGGCCCCAGCUCUGGGUGGCUCUGCUGGUGUAGCAGAGGUUGGAGCAGAGGGAUCCAAAGGUCUUUGCCAACAUUAGCCAUCCUGAGAUCCUGUACCCCAUGGGCCUUCAUGAAAGAAGUGCUGACAGUAGGGGAACAAAGAGGACACAGGUUAAAAAAAAAAUGAAAAUAUGUGGUUACCUAAAGAUAUCAAGUCCUCAGCUCUGCUGAGCGUGUAAAUUGUACACAAAGAUAAAUCUGUUUCUUCUGCAUGGCUGUUGCAGUAGAUGCAUGUCUCUCAGGAAAACACAAAUGGGAAGGAGCCACACCAGCAGGAAGGCCCUUAUGUAGCAGUGGGGACAGAGUCACUGUGACCUUUUGUUGCAAAGCGGAUGAAUAGGGCUUUAAGAGUGGUAUCACAUAAGGGAUGUGAAGUGAGCUGCAAUGUGACAGGUCUGGUAAGCAAUGCUAUCUAAAAGACAUUAGGACAUGAGAAGGGAAAACUUGGUCCUCAUUAACCUUUGCCCUUAUUAGCUUUGGCAGUACCCAUGACCCUUAGUUAAGGUAUUAGUUGAUUUAAUUAAGUUAAUCCUUCACCCCGGCCAGCAAAUGACCCAAGCUGGAAGGAAUCACAGCCCAAGCAAAUUUUUCUUGGUCAGCUUGGAGCAUCUGAUUGACACAAACACUCAGCAGUUUAGUCAAAAAUCUUGACUGGCACCAAAUCUAAAACAAUAUAACCAUCCUGAAAGAUCCAUUGGCCCUUUGUGUUCUUCUGUGAAAAAAUAUUUUGUUUGCCUCAAGGAGCGAUUGAUGGUAAUGAUCCUAGAUUAAGAAGAUCGGGAGUAAUGAACUUGCACAGAGGUGAAAGGCCAAACGUGCUAUUAUGACGUGACAGCUUAAUUGAGAAAGGGUGGAGGAAGCAGUUGGUACAAGGGAAGGAGAAGGAGUCAGAUUUAUUUCUGGGUAUGAAGGAAGCAUGACCUGCAAAGGUCAGCUAUGGAUAACUUUGGGUACCUCUUCAUACUAGUGCUUGCGUGUUUAUUUCCAUCACAAAUGUUCAGGAAUUGAGAGGCAAUCACUCCCACUUCCUCUCAGCAAAGGGCUUAAAUUUAGAAGAACUGUGUAAUAUGAAACAUACUGAUCGUGAGGUAUGUGUGUAGCUACAGCAAAGCUUUAUUUUCAAUUUCAAUUAUUUUCUUCAUUUUCCUAUUUGGUCUUUCUUUUAACUCCUCAUCUGUAGGAUUUUGCCAGAAUAACAGACCUCCUUCCCUUCCUUCUGGUGUGUGUUCAGCUGUUGUAGACCCCUUCCUCAAGCUAACAAUGACUAUUGCUGCUUUGAUCUUGCCCUGGCAGAGCCAUGAGCCCUUCUGCAGUGGGACACCUCUGCUGUCAUUGUGCAGAAUGGUACCAGAGCAGAAGGGAGAGGUCCUGUCUUUAUGGGUCAGUAUCUCACUGCAAGUUUUGUCCAUGCUAGAAAUGCGCCUCAGCAAAGGCAGGCAAACAUCCAUUUAAUUUCUGCAAUGGAGAACACUCCACUGGCAAUCUACUUUCAUAAUCAUCUUUACAAUUCAGUGCUGAAGUAAGAAAAGGAAUCAGUUAAGACCAGAAGCAUCUUGUUUCAUCAGAACUUCUAGAAACGUUCAGAAGCAGCUGAUCUUAAACUUCUCAAGUAGGUUUUAACUUGUGAUUAUCCAUAGUAAACGCAUAGACACAAGAAACUGAGUUAUAAUUCCAUUAAAUUAAAAUGUGGUUUGUAUAAGCCAUCAGGGGGUUAUAACAACUUUAAUUGAAGGCAUUAUUUCAAAUGUAAAAUUGAUACGUAAUCCCUGGUGAAUCCAUGAUACAAGUUCACCUUGAGUUAGGCUGGAGAGAGGCAGAGUGGCUUGCUUUUCUUUUUUAAUAAAACCACAGGUAGAGAGAGAUUGUCCAACAUCCGGCAUCUCCUGCUUUUAUCUGUAUAGAGUUUCAGUUUAUUUCUCCAAUAAGCUAGCAAAGGUCAUAUAUAUAUAUAUAUAUAUAUAUAUAUAUAUACAUAUACACAUAUAGAUAGAAGGAUUUCCCAUGAUUCUCAUUAUCAAAGCUGCACUUGCAGAGAUGGUAGUAAAACAUCCUUUUCUUUCCUAUUAGCAGAAAAUCUGUUCAUUUAUUUCCUGUUUGUGUUUAUAUACCCCCAGAGUCAUUUAUUUGUAACCAGAAAACAUCAAUACAGGUUUAACCAUCUCUUUGUUACACAAGUUCCUAGUAGGUUGGAAUACUAGUGUGAAGACCAUGUUAAAACAUUGAAAGGGCUGUCAGCCAAAGAACAAGGAUUCCUUGUAGAAGAACUAUAAGCCUCCCUUUUUAUUUGCUUAACUAGUUUAUUUCCUAAACUAGUGUAAUAUGAGCAUUCAAAUCACAAAUAGUGCUUUGCACCUAAACAUACCGUGGUAAUCUGCACCUGGAACAAUAAUGAUGCUUCAUCAGAACUCUGCUAUAAGCCUUCUAUAUGAAUCUAUGCACCAUGGCUAUGUAAAACCAUUCUUUGGAGGUGGGAGUCUUCACUCACAGUUGUUUUCCCUGCAAAGAACAUUUCUUCCAGCUUUGGCCUGACCUGUUGCUCUCCACCUCAAACUCUGUUGGCUGAAGUAGCUUGGCAUUGACCAGCUCUCCAGAAGGUCUCUAGAUAAUCUGCUCCACUUCAUAUCUCCUAGUGCUUCACAGCGGUACAGCCCACGUAGACACAUACAUGGCUCACAAAGGAUUAGGUGUCAAAACAGAAAUGUAUGGUCCUUUCUGAGCCUCUAAGAUGCUUCUGUUUAUCAGCUAGUCUCUGUGAUGGUUAGAGUGAUUUCCAGGCACCUCUGUGAAUAAUACCUCUGCAGGUAUUCUGUGAAAUACCCACUUCUCUCAUUUCUUCUGAGAGCCUUUGCUUUCUGCUGAACAACAUUCAGGAAAAAAACCCAACUCUUCACAAUUCAUCUAUUACAAACUAAUUUUAAAGGACCAAGAAGAGCUGGGGAUAAGUUUAUGUAAUCUUUGCCCUGUGGGCUUGUAGGCAAGGCAGCCAAUAGUUGUGUGGGCUGGUAGGUGGCUUGUAGAGAUCAGUCCUCAAGAAGUGAGACAGAGUUGUCUAAUUUUCUGUGAACUGAGGUAUAGUUCUUUGGUAAGUUUGAUUUAGGAAAUAUAGCUCUCCAGGAAAAGAAGAAAGAAUGAGUGAAAAUGGGGAAAAUAUUUUCAAGUUUUCAAGUAUUAUAAAGAAGGCUGCAAUUAGUAAUAUAUACAUAAUAAUAGAUAAAAUGAAAACAUAAAAUUCUGCGCUGACUAGUCUGGAAUAGUUGACUUAGAUCUUUUUAACAACAGUGGUAGAAGCUUUGACCAACUUGUCGAUGCAUUAAAAUAAAGUUUUCAAGACAUACUUACAGAGUUUACAGAGAGUACAUGCCUGUAAAUUACCAGACUGUAAUUAAGAGCCUGAAUAAUGAAAUAAAAACUGUACACCUCUCCUAUUUUAUAUUUGGAUGUGUCAAAUUAUGGAAUACAAACUAAGAUUGCUGUAGAGCAAUUGAAAGAAAAAAGAAAGAAAGAAAAGAAAGAAGAAGAAGAAGAAGACAACCUUGGUCUGAAUAAAUACCUCUCAGAAACUACAACAUUAGUGUUUCAAUUUAUUGUGCAUCUGCUGCUGCUGAAAUAUCCUGCCAUGUGUAUCAAGUCAGGGAAGAGCCAGGCAAGCUUGUUCAGAGGCUGCUUGCUGCUCCCACAGCCCCAGCCACACCAAAGCAGAAACCAAAAUCACACCGAAGAGCUCUAUUAGUUCUGGCAAUAUCACAACUUGAAUGCCCAUUUAAAUAAGAGACAAGGGUAGAAAUGCAUACAGAAUUGUCACACAUACCAUUCCUUAGGUGAUAUGUAAGGAAGCACUGAAAAAGUCAGUGAAGAUCAGAUUCCAGUAAAAAGUGAUAUAAAUAGAGUGAAACUCCCAACUGAUUGUUCUUAUGAUUUCAGCUGAUAAGAUAUCAAAUAUAUCAUCUUCCAAAGUAGGAUUAAGCUAUCAAAAGCAGGCACUAUCCUGCAUAAAUUCAGGAGUCAUAUACAAGAACAGCAGGGAUCGAUCAUCUCCAAAGAUCAGGGACAGAAGAGAUGCUUAUUACCUAUUAUUAUCUGUCUUUCAAGGAAUUAUUUUUUUUCCUUCAUUUGCAUUUCUACUUUAAGCUUGAUUUUAUGCAUUCCCAUAUGCUUCACUUCUUCAGUGCCGUACCUCUACACUAAAACUAUCUGAUCUAAAUUAUUUGGUUAAAUUCAUCUCUUUCAUCUCCUGCAUACUUUUUAUUUAUUCAAGAAUCUUUCUAAGGCUGCACUUAAAGCGAGCAUUGCUUCUGAAGUACUUUGUCAGAAAUAGCAAAAAUAAGAAAAGGAUAAGUAUGCACUGGAAAUACAUGACUGUUUCUUGCCUAGAUAGCUUAAAAGGCUGCUGCAGUCAAAUGCAAGCUGAAGGCAUCUCCAGCUGCAAAAAAA